AUGAUGCCCUUAGAAUCCACUGCGGCCCGAAUUUGGGCGGUUAUCAUCAUUUCACUGCAUACUACGAGUGCCUAUUCCCAACUGAACUCCGGCAACGGGCAAACCGAUGGGGGCGCGGCACUCCGGAAGCUGCUGAAGCACGACGACCGCGAUCUGACAGAGGUGCAGGCCACGGGCGUCCUCAGAGGAGUCGGCGUUGACCGCAGCGGGCGCAUCUUCUACAGUUCCCGCAUCCCGUCCUGCCACGUCGAGGACACGCCCGCCAGCACGGUCGGCCAAAUUUUCACCCUCUGUCAGCAGGCGGCCGCCAUCAGGAACUGCUCCCUUGCUGUGGGUCGGCGGGAAAACGUCACGGGCUCGAGCGUGGGCCCCUUGUUCCAGUUUAAGUGCGGGAGCGGCAUAUGCAGCGACACGUGGGUGCCUUCGUCUUCGGACUGCGACGUCGAGGCGCUCUUUGGCGUCCCCCUGCAGAAAGCGCUCCAGGGGGAGUGCCCGACGGAAGCGGGGCACGAGCACGUGUCUUCGUUCGCGCCCACGCUGCUGCAGCCCUUGGGGGCGCCGUGGCAGGAGGUGGGAUGCAUCUACGGCAUGCCCAACGGCACGCAAGUCUUCAGCGAGGAGCACUGCGACGACGGCAGGCGCCACGUGGACGUCAUGCUGCGGCUGGCGGGCCAGGGGUUCGCGGAUGGCGGCGCGGAGUUCUGGUGCACCUGGGAUGCCCGGUGCCGCGACACGCAGGGGUGCUGCGAAGGAGACAACCUGUAUGAGGGGGAGUUCAUUUGCUUUGUGGACACAGAUGCCUCCGUGCAAGGGGAAAGUUCUGGAUCGAUGUUGGGAGGACUGUCCCGGCCGGCGCUGGUGGUGUGCUUCCUCGUGGGGCUGUGUUUAUUCUGGUAG